GUCUCUCGUUCUUGUCUUUACUGACCCUAGUCUUUCGUUUCGCGUGGUCUGUCGUGGUGUCAUAUUCAAUUAUUUUCCAUACUUAUCUGCCCUACUUGUCUGUUGCUACAUAUCUCACAAAACUGACCCAUACACAUCACAUCUCUCCACCUUUGGUUACAUAUACAUACAACAUACAUACAUAUACACCUCUCAUACAACAAUGAAGGCCACUAGUGCAACGGUGGCUUUCCUAGCCAUGACUGCUGUCCAAGCAGCCAAGCACGCCCAUGACCAUGGCCACCACCGCAGCCAUCGCUCGGUGGAUGCCCCCGUGGUUAAGAAGAGUUCCUCGUGUCAGUUCCCCUCCGGGGCUGGCUUGAUCCCCAUCACUCCUCACGAGGUCAAUGGUGGAUGGGCUAUGAGCCCUGACCAGGAGUGCAAGCCUGGCGGAUACUGUCCGUAUGCUUGUCCGGCUGGCCAGGUCUCUAUGCAGUGGGACCCGGAGGCUACUUCGUACACCUACCCCAUGUCCAUGAAUGGUGGACUGUACUGUGACGAGAACGGCGAGAUUCAGAAGCCCUUCCCGGACCGUCCGUACUGCAAGGACGGCACCGGCGUCGUCAGCGCAAAGAACAAGUGCAAGGAGCAGGUGUCUUUCUGCCAGACGGUUCUUCCCGGCAAUGAGGCCAUGUUGAUCCCCACGCUUGUCGAAGAAUUGGCUACCCUGGCUGUUCCGGAUCUGAGCUACUGGUGUGAGACUGCGGCACACUUCUAUAUCAACCCUCCGGGAUACAACACCGAGACGGCCUGUGUCUGGGGUACCUCCGCGAACCCCUACGGCAACUGGUCCCCGUAUGUUGCCGGUGCCAACACCGACGGCGAAGGCAACACCUAUGUGAAGCUCGGAUGGAACCCGAUUUACCUGGAACCGACCACCCCGUUCCGCAAUGAAGUCCCUGAAUUCGGUGUCGAGAUCGAGUGCGAGGGCGGCGGCUGCAAUGGACUGCCCUGCAAGAUCGACCCGUCCGUCAACGGCGUGAACGAGAUGACUGGCGACAGCUCGGUGGGUGCAGGCGGUGCCACCUUCUGUGUGGUGACGGUGCCCAAGGGCGGCAAGGCCAAUGUUGUUGUCUUCGACAAGGAAGGCGACUCGGCCAGCGUGCCGGUGUCCAGCAGCAGUGUUAGCAGCGUCGUCGUCAGCAGCAGCACCAGCACCAGCUCCACCUCGACCAUCAGCAUCGUCCCUACUACUAGCAGCACAUCGACGGUUGUCAGCACCAGCUCCAGCACUACCAGCAGCACCCCGACCCCGACCCCGUCCAGCACUACUACCUCCAGCACCACGCUCAGCUCCAGCUCCACCAUCAGCACCACCAGCUCCAGCAGCAUCACUCCCCGGCCCACCCCCAGCUGGACGCCUUCAUCCAGCUGGAAGGUCAGCUCCAGCGCAGCAUUGAACUGGACCGUGUCAGCUAGCUACACGUACAAGCCCCAUGCGAUGGUGGAGACAGGCUCCUCGCACGCGAAUCCUGUCGCUGCUGCUGCUGUUGCUAGUGGUUCCAGCCAGACAUCUGGAACUGCCCAAGCAACGCAGUCAGCGGCUGUGACGGAUGGUGCUGCUGUUGGCAGUGCUGUGUCCAAACUGAGUCUGAUUGUGGCGGUCCUUGGAGCGAUCGUGAUGGUCUAGACUGAGACCAGACCAUAUUGACUAACAAACCAUAAAUGGUUGCAUACUCACCAUCAUUUUUCUUGGUUCACUUCUGAUGGGCACCUUUUUCACACUAUACUUUAUACCCUUAUGAUUGACGUUCUUGUACAUGCUUGACUGAUGAGCAUUUAUUGAUAAUGUUUACUGUUAAUAUAGUCAUUAAUCUGUAAUUCAAG